AUGUAUGCAGAUGGCAGGGAAGCAUUGAUCCAUCUUGGCAAACAGGCAGAACAGUGGGCAGAUUCAGAUAUGAGCUCCAUACUGCCAAUAUGGAGCUCCAUGUAUAGCAGCAUGUCUGUGAUGGUGAAUCAGGCAACUUGUUACCACAGGGAUAUCAAUGGAUGGGAUCCAUGGUAUGACAUGCUGGUAACUGUGGGUGACUACCUGCCCUUGGACUUUGUCAUUCCAAUGUUGAAUCUGCAGCUGCACUACAACCCAGGGACAAUCAUUGCUAUUUUCAGGUUCAGUAUUGGAGCAUGGGGAUAUGCUGGCUCUUCGAACUUUGGAUGGGUGGUGUUGCCAAGAUUUUGCAAAUGGGCAGGUGCUUUGACAUCAUAG